AUGGAGGAAGCGUUGGAGCACGCGCGCGCCAAGGACGCCAAGGAGAGGAUGGCGGGCGUGGAGCACCUUCACGAAGUGCUGGAAGCUUCUAGAAGGAGCCUCAGUUCCAGCGAGGUCACUUCCCUCGUCGAUUGUUGCUUGGAUCUCUUGAAGGAUAACAGCUUCAGAGUCUCUCAGGGCGCGCUUCAAGCCUUGGCCUCCGCCGCCGUUCUCUCCGGCGACCACUUCAAGCUUCACUUCAACACUCUCGUUCCCGCCGUCGUCGACCGCUUAGGCGACGCCAAACAACCCGUUCGCGACGCCGCCAGAAGGCUCUUGCUCACUCUCAUGGAGGUUUCAUCUCCUACAAUAAUUGUUGAAAGAGCAGGGUCCUUUGCUUGGAUAUGCAAAAGCUGGAGAGUCAGAGAGGAGUUUGCACGAACUGUCACAUCUGCAAUUGGUCUAUUUUCAUCUACUGAGCUUCCCCUUCAACGGGCUAUUCUUCCUCCUAUUUUGCAGUUGCUGAAUGAUCCAAAUACUUCUGUUAGGGAAGCAGCUAUUUUAUGCAUCGAGGAGAUGUAUGCACAAGCUGGGUCUCAAUUUCGUGAUGAACUUCAGCGCCACAAUCUUCCUUCCUCUUUGGUGAAAGCUAUUAAUGCCAGGCUUGAGGGGAUACAACCAAAAGUUCAUUCUUCAGAUUGUAUUUCUAGUGGUUAUAUUGCUGGGGAAAUUAUGCCUGUCAGUGUCAAUCCCAAGAAAAGUAGUCCAAAGGCAAAAAGUUCAUCAAGAGAGACCUCUCUUUCUGGAGGAGAAGGUGGUUUCACAGAGAAAGCCAUAGACCCUAUCAAGGUGUAUUCUGAGAAGGAGUUAAUCAGGGAAAUUGAGAAGAUUGCAUCUACCCUUGUACCCGAAAAGGACUGGUCAAUUCGUAUUGCUGCCAUGCAGAGAAUUGAAGGUCUUGUUUAUGGAGGUGCUGCUGAUUAUCCAUGUUUCUGUGGACUCCUGAAGCAGCUUGUUGGACCUUUAAGCACACAAUUGUCAGAUCGAAGGUCUAGCAUUGUGAAGCAGGCUUGCCAUCUAUUAUGCUUUUUGUCAAAGGACCUCUUGGGUGACUUUGAAGCAUGUGCUGAAAUGUUCAUACCCGUCCUUUUGAAGCUGGUUGUGAUUACUGUGCUUGUAAUUGCAGAGUCUGCAGAUAACUGCAUAAAAACGAUGCUGCGCAAUUGCAAAGUUGCUCGUGUGCUUCCUCGUAUAGCUGAUUGUGCAAAAAAUGAUCGUAAUGCAGUUCUUCGUGCAAGGUGUUGUGAUUAUGCUCUUUUGAUACUAGAACAUUGGCCUGAUGCCCCAGAAAUACAGCGAGCAGCUGAUUUAUAUGAGGAUAUGAUAAGGUGCUGUGUCUCAGACGCAAUGAGUGAGGUGCGAUCAACUGCAAGGAUGUGCUACAGAAUGUUUGCAAAAACAUGGCCAGAGCGUUCCCGUCGCCUGUUUUCAUCCUUUGACCCUGCUAUUCAAAGGUUGAUAAAUGAAGAGGAUGGCGGGAUCCAUAGACGACAUGUGUCACCUUCCAUUCGUGAUAAAAGUGCACUGAUGCCAUUAACUAGUCAAGCUUCAGCUCCGUCAAAUCUAACUGGUUAUGGAACUUCUGCUAUUGUUGCAAUGGACAGAAGUUCAAGUUUAUCAUCAGGGACAUCUAUUUCCUCUAGUGUUCUUCUUUCACAAGCUAAGUCACUUGGUAAGGGUACAGAACGUAGUUUGGAAAGUGUGUUGAAUGCAAGCAAACAGAAGGUCACUGCUAUUGAAAGCAUGCUUAGAGGUUUGGAUUUCUCUGAUAAGCAUAAUUCAUCUGCUCUCCGGUCUUCAAGUUUGGAUCUAGGAGUUGACCCUCCCUCAUCUCGUGAUCCACCAUUCCCUGCUGCUGUCCCAGCAUCUAAUCAUCCGACUAGCUCCUUAAUGACGGAAUCAACUGCUUCUGGUGUCAAUAAAGGUAGUAACCGAAAUGGUGGUUUGGGUUUGUCUGACAUAAUCACCCAAAUUCAAGCUUCCAAAGAUUCUAGCAAGUUAUCAUAUAAUAGUAAUGUUGGUAUUGAGCCUUUAUCUGCCUUUUCAUCAUACUCAAGUAAAAGGGCUACUGAAAGAUUACAAGAAAGAAGUUCUGUUGAUGAAAACAGUGACAUCAGGGAGACCAGGCGAUAUAUGAACCCUAACAUUGAUAGGCAGUAUCUGGAUACCCCUUAUAGAGAUGGCAACUUUAGGGAUUCACUGAAUAGUUACGUGCCUAAUUUCCAGAGGCCACUUUUGAGGAAGAAUAUAGCUGGACGCGUGUCUGCUGGCAGGAGAAGUUUUGAUGAUAGCCAAUUAUCUAUAGGAGAGGUGUCAAAUUAUGCAGAUGGGCCGGCAUCUCUUCAAGAAGCUUUGAGGGAAGGACUUAGUUCAGGUUCUAACUGGUCUGCUAGGGUUGCUGCCUUUAAUUAUCUUCACUCUUUGUUGCAGCAAGGUCAAAAGGGAAUUCAAGAAGUAGUCCAGAAUUUUGAGAAGGUAAUGAAGUUAUUUUUCCAGCACUUGGAUGAUCCCCAUCAUAAAGUUGCACAGGCUGCUCUUGCCACACUUGCUGAUAUUAUUCUGGCAAGCCGAAGGCCCUUUGAGGGUUACAUGGAACGAAUGUUACCCCAUGUGUUUUCUCGGUUAAUUGAUCCCAAAGAGCUUGUUAGGCAAGCAUGCUCAACAACUUUGGAAGUUGUUAGCAAAACAUACAGUAUAGAUUCUCUCUUACCUGCAUUGUUACGCUCACUAGAUGAGCAAAGGUCUCCAAAGGCAAAAUUGGCUGUUAUUGAGUUUGCAAUCAGUUCCUUUAACAAGCACGCAAUGAAUCCAGAAGGUGCUGCUAAUAUCGGCAUCCUAAAAUUAUGGCUUGCCAAGUUAGCCCCUUUGGUUCAUGACAAAAAUACAAAGCUUAAAGAAGCAGCUAUUACAUGCCUUAUAUCUGUGUACUCUAACUUUGAUUCAUCUGCAGUUUUGAAUUUUAUUCUUAGUUUGUCAGUUGAUGAACAAAAUUCUUUGAGACGAGCCCUUAAACAACACACCCCUCGCAUUGAAGUAGACUUAAUGAACCAUCUGCAGAACAAGAAAGAGCGACAACGUUCUAAGACUUCCUAUGAUCCAUCUGAUGUUGUGGGAACAUCCUCUGAAGAGGGAUAUGCUGGUUUGUCUAGGAAAUCUCAUUACAUUGGAAGGUAUUCUGCUGGUUCUCUAGAUAGUGAUGGUGGCAGGAAGUGGAGUUCCCAAGAUUCCAUACUGAUUAAAGCUAGUCUUGGCCAAGCAGCUUCUGAUGAAACUGAGGAACAUUCAUAUCAGAAUCCUCAGACUGAUUCCAAUAGUGGUAUUCUUAGUUCAAAAACUACAGAUCCUGCUUACACAGUCAAUUCAAUGAGUCAAAACUUUGGCUUUCAAACUAGUCAGCUUGGACAUGUGGACAGUAGCAUGAACUUUGAGGGUUUAUCAUCUGAUCUGGAUGUUAAUGGUCUGAUGUCAUUAGAACAUUUAAACAUUGCUGAAGGCUUUGGACAUUGUAAAGAACAUCCUUCCGAAUCGAACCAUAAUCACUCAACUGAAGACAUGAAGGUUAACUCCAUGACAGACACAGGACCCAGCAUUCCUCAAAUUCUUCAACUGAUAUGCAGUGGAGGUGAUGAAAGCCCUAUUUCAAGUAAGCAGACAGCACUUCAACAGCUAGUUGAAGCUUCUAUAACAAAUAAUCAUUCUGUUUGGACCCAGGUUUCUGUAUAUUGA